UAUUUCCAUUCUAAUUUCUUCUCGCCAUUUUUACGCUAACAGUUCUUUCUCUUCUCGUUCUUAUCAAAGUCAUAAUUAUGCUUAUGAGUGCAGAUUUGUGUGUUCGUGGAUUCGGAAUUUCUAGAUUUGGUUCUUCGUCUUCCUCGGAUCAAUCUACUUUUCGUAAAAAUUCUUUUUUGUUUCCUAAUUUCAAUCGAUUUUCUUUGCGAUUAAUUAACCCUCAAAGGAUUCGUAAAUCCGCUUGUAUUUCUUGUGAUAAUCCCUCACAUGGUAACUUUGAUUUUAAAUCUCACCGCCAUCAAUCUGAGGAUGAUUAUCUCGAAGCUUCUCUCUUAAUUUCAGAAACUGUGAGACAUCACCAUUUGCGCAAGCAAGGAUUUCGAGGGGAGUUGAAAGGCUUUUCUGGCCGAUUUCUUCCUGUUUCAUCCCAAAUGAAAGAUCGCAGAUAUGAAGUCAAUUCCUUAGGAUUGGGGAUUCUUCGUCAGUUUCGUCACCCAACUAUUUUUCUCAAGAUAUCUUGUGAAGGGGAUUUCUUGCUUCCCAUUGUUGUAGGAGAGUUAGCAAUUGAGAGACUAAUUGACUCCCUAAGUGAGGACAAUGAUGGGGAUUAUUCAAAUGAAUUUCAAUUAUUGAGGAAUGUGGUGUUUGGACUUGGAAAUGAGGUAAGGAUGGUGAAAAUCACUAAAAGAGUGGUCAAUACAUAUUUUGCUCGAAUACAUGCUGGCAAGAUAGAGGAGAGAGGAGAUUUUAGUGUGGACGCACGACCAUCGGAUGCCAUCAAUGUAGCGCAAAGAUGUAAGGCUCCAAUAUAUGUUAAUAAGCAAAUUGUCUUGAUGGAUGCUAUCAAGAUUGCUUAUGGGACUGGCCGAGUCCGUGAUACAAAACCUAUUUAUGAUGUUGUAUUGGACAGCCCUAUGGAUGGUCCGGAUUUUCUGGUUCAGGAAUUAACUCUUUUACAGAGUAUGAAGUUAGCAGUGGAAGAAGAAAGGUACAAUGAUGCAGCAAUGUUGAGGGACGAACUGACAAAGCUUCGCAAUUCUGAAUGUCAAAAUUCACUACCAACAAAUUGGCAAGAAGCAUCAACCCCAGGACUACUCUAAUUUUGAUUCGGAGUAUGCUUCAGUAGAUCAUCGCGCUACAAGCAUACACGUGGCAUCUUACCCCUGGAUGUAGAGGCAUUUCAGCACUAAAAGGAAGCAUUGUUUUUGGUUAAAAAUUGUCUUCUGUACAGGUUCAUCUUCAUUCCAUUGCAUUCAUUAGUCUGUCUUAUCUAAAUGUAAAUAUGUUUGUAAAUCUCACAAGUAGGCCUUUAGGCUUUAGGAAUUACAUAUAAUACUCCUAUAUCCAGUAGAACCAAGCGGAAAAGACUGAUGACUGAUCUAGAUUAAAACCUGUAUGCUAGAUUAGUUUGUCUGAAUGCAGCCAGUUGUAGUUCUACUAUAGUGGACUCCUAGGUCCUAUCUAGUUGUAUUUGCAGUUUACAACACCAUAGCUAUUGCAAUAUCUUUAGGGAGUAAAUGAAAUCUGCUCCAAUCGCAUCUGUGUUGUGCUGUAAUAUUCACAUUUAUAUUUGAUUGUAUAUGCUUCAAUUCAAGUCUUGAGAGCUGAUAUGUUUCGUUUUAAA